AUGUCCGCGUUAGCGAGGAAGAUGAUGGAGAAGUACGGGUGGAAGGAGGGCGAGGGCCUUGGAAAGGAACGCACCGGCACGAAGUCCUACGUGAGGGUGGUGCGUCGUGAUCCGCACGUUGCCACCGGACUCGGCCACGCAGCGGACCCGGCUCAGAGCGGCAACCUCGCCUCCACCCACGCCGUGGAACUCGACGCCAUUUACGGUCAGCUGCACAAAGAGAAGAAGAAGUUGAAGCGGGCACGCAGCAGCGACAGCAGCAGCAGCAGCAGCGACUCCGCCAGCGGCGUUGACGAAACGGAGGAAACUUCAAGUGCGCAGAAGAAGAGCAGGGUCGCGGAGAGACCUUCACGCCGCCAACGCGACUCCUCGAGUGAUGACGACGAUGACAGUGGCAGCAGCAGCGAUAGUAACAGCGGUAGCUACAGCAGCGAUGAUGAGGACUCUGAAAUGGCUGCAAAGCGUGUGAAGGGUGAGCCGCUGGGUGAUGUAACCCGCAUGACGGACAAGGCACUUUUCGAGCGUUGCGGCGGCGUCCGUCUCGGUCGUGCUGGCCGUCAUCGCUUCUUCGACGGGAAGCUAAAGCGGAUACAUGGUAAUCAGUAG